AUGCUUCCUUGUAAAGUUAACCACCAUGAUGAUGAUGAUGAUGAUGAUGAGGCCGGCCAUAACGGUUCCAAAUUGGAAAUCUAUUUUGCUUCUGGCACUCGACACCUACUGAGCGCAGAUUCAUCAAAUGCGGCCGGAUACUUCAGUUCCCAGAAUAAAGUACCAUUGAUGUCGAUUCCGGCUCUUCAUCAUCUACAUAUUUUUAUCUUCGUCCUGGCCAUUGCCCAUGUCACGUUCUGUGUUCUCACAGUUUCUUUUGGAGGGCUUAAGAUACAAAAAUGGAAACAAUGGGAAGAUGAUAUUGCAAAAGAGCAUUAUGAUUUAGAGAGACUAAUUGCAGAGUUGGAGAAAAAGUUCAUUCAUGUCCAGCAGCAUGAUUUUAUCAAACAUCGUUUUCAGGGUUUCGGUAAACGUUCAGUUCCUCUAGGGUUGUUGUCAUCGUUUUUCAAGCAAUUCCAUGCAUCUGUUACCAAAGCCGAUUACGAGGCACUAAGGCUAGGUUUCAUCAUGACCCAUUGCAAAGGGAAUCCCAAGUUUAAUUUUCACAAAUACAUGAUACGAGCCUUGGAAGAUGAUUUUAAGGAAGUUGUUGGUAUAAGUUGGUAUCUCUGGGCGUUCGUGAUCAUCUUCUUGUUGCUGAAUGUUAAUGGAUGGUAUACAUAUUUCUGGAUAGCUUUCAUUCCUUUCAUUCUUCUUCUUGCUGUGGGGACCAAGAUGGAGCAUGUGAUUACCAGUUUGGCUCAUGAUGUUGCUGAGAAACAUGUAGCCAUUGAAGGGGAAUUAGUGGUAAGACCAUCAGAUGAGCUCUUUUGGUUCGACAAUCCUCGUCUGGUUCUCAAGUUGAUCCAUUUUAUCCUCUUCCAAAAUGCUUUCGAGAUUGCGUUUUUCUUUUGGAUUUGGGUUCAAUUCGGGUUCGAAUCGUGCCUAAUGGGUAAACUUUAUUAUAUCAUUCCAAAGCUUACCAUAGGGAUGUUCAUUCAAGUCGUCUGUAGUUACAGUACCCUGCCACUUUAUGCCAUCGUCGCACAGAUGGCAAGCUCAUUCAACAAGGCAAUAUUUGAUGACCAUGUGCAAGCGAGUCUUCUUGGUUGGGCAAAGAAGGUGAAGAAAAAGCAGGCCCUAAAGCUUGCGACUCAAGCAAAGCCCUCGGAAAGCCCUUUCAUGUCAAUGCAGAUAGUGGAGGAUGCUAAAUCCGAUGCUUCUUCCGCGAAGGAGGAUGAUCCUGAAAAGGGUUCCAAUGAUGCGAAAUGA